AUGGAGGAUUCCCGGGAGACGUCGCCGUCCUCCACCAACUCCUCGGAAGAGCUCAGCUCUGCCCUGCGGCUGUCCAAGGGCAUGUCCAUCUUCCUCGACAUACUGAGGAGAGCAGACAAAAAUGAUGAUGGAAAAUUAUCCUUUGAAGAAUUCAAAGCAUAUUUUGCAGAUGGUGUUCUCAGUGGAGAAGAAUUACAUGAGCUCUUCCAUACCAUCGAUACACAUAAUACUAACAAUCUUGACACAGAAGAACUAUGUGAAUAUUUUUCUCAGCACUUGGGCGAGUAUGAGAAUGUACUAGCAGCACUUGAAGAUCUAAAUCUUUCCAUCCUGAAGGCAAUGGGCAAAACAAAGAAAGACUACCAAGAAGCCUCCAAUUUGGAACAAUUUGUAACUCGAUUUUUAUUGAAGGAGACCUUGAAUCAGCUGCAGUCGCUUCAGAAUUCCCUGGAAUGUGCCAUGGAAACUACUGAGGAGCAAACCCGUCAAGAAAGGCAAGGGCCAGCCAAGCCAGAAGUCCUGUCGAUUCAAUGGCCUGGAAAACGAUCAAGCCGCCGAAUCCAGAGACACAACAGCUUCUCCCCUAACAGCCCUCAGUUUAAUGUCAUUGGUCCAGGCUUAUUAGAAGAAGACAACCAGUGGAUGACCCAGAUUAACAGACUCCAGAAAUUAAUUGAUAGACUGGAAAAGAAGGAUCUAAAACUUGAACCCCUAGAAGAAGAAGUUAUUGAAGGCAAUACUAAAUCUCACAUCAUGCUCGUGCAACGUCAGAUGUCUGUGAUAGAAGAGGAUUUGGAAGAAUUCCAACUUUCUCUGAAACACUAUGUGGAGAGUGCUUCCUCCCAAAGUGGAUGCUUGCGUAUUUCUAUACAGAAGCUUUUGAAUGAAUCUCGCUACAUGAUUUAUGAGUUCUGGGAGAAUAGUAGUGUGUGGAAUAGCCACCUUCAGACGAAUUGUAGCAAGACAUUCCAAAGAAGUAACGUGGAUUUCUUGGAAACUCCAGAGCUCACAUCUACUAUGCUAGUUCCUGCUUCAUGGUGGAUCCUGAACAAUAACUAG